CAUCAUAAUUUCACAUUAAAGCUCUCUUUUUUGGGUACAUUUGAAUGCAAAUGCCACUUCUAUCAUAAUGCUCGAUCGAAAAAAGAUCCACUGCGCUUUAAAUCAUACAUUGAAUCUUAAAAGCCUGCCACUGUGGGCAGCUUUGCUGGUUAUCAAACCCCGUUGGGAGCACAAGCCACGGUGGUCGCCUUCCUCCCUCCUUGAUCAGGUCUGCUGCCCCUCACUCCCCCACUUCGAAGGUAUCGUACCAGUAGCAAAGUUUCUUUCUUUGGUGAUUCGCAGUGUUCUGCUUUACGGUCGAAAUCUAAGCUCUGUUUCGUGGCUGGUGGUGUUCUUGCCUUCAUGCCUUCCGGUCAAAGUUUGCACUCUGUUUCACUGAUGUUGUUGUUGGAAAUUAGAUUGACCAUCUUUGAUUUGGCAAGAAGUUUUCUUGAUAUGUGCGUGCUUGCUGUUUACUUCCUUUUGCACAUUCACAUCAUGCUUUGAUUUGUUUUAUGGAAUUUGGAUAGAAGUCUCUGUUUCCUUUUAUCCCUCUAUCUUCUUCUUCAACUUUUUUCUAGUAAGUUUAGUAUCUAUUGCCUCCAUCGUCAAUGUUAGAGCAGACUUCGUCCAUGGUGUCAAUUACAAACAUCAUCCUUCUACCAUCUCAUAUGUGAUAGAAAUCGAAACUCAGGUACGAAUCAUGUCUGGUGUGGAAGCUCCUCUGCGUCCCAAAAGAAAGAAAGUUUUGGUGGACUAUCUGGUCCAGUUCCGAUGGAUCGUUGUCGUCUUUGUGGUGCUUCCCGUCUCUUGCUUCAUCUACUUCAGACUGUUUCUUGGCCAUGUGAGAUCUGCCAUGAAGUCCGACGAGCGUCGCCGGAAAGAACAUGAGGAGAACGUUCUCAAAGUUAUCAAGCGCCUCAAGCAGAGAGAUCCAACCAAGGAUGGUCUCGUGUGCACGGCCAGGAAACCAUACAUCGCGGUUGGCAUGCGUAAUGUCGAUUACAAGCGCGCAAGACAUUUCGAGGUCGAUCUCUCUGCGUUCAGGAACAUUCUUGAGAUCGACAAGGAGCGGAUGAUCGCUAAGGUGGAGCCGCUUGUUAAUAUGGGUCAGAUCACUCGAGCUACGAUUCCCAUGAACCUCUCGCUUGCGGUCGUUGCAGAGCUUGACGAUCUCACUGUGGGUGGCCUUAUCAAUGGUUAUGGAAUCGAGGGGAGCUCACACUUGUAUGGGCUCUUUUCUGACACGGUCGUCGCCAUGGAGGUUGUGCUUGCCGACGGCCGACUUGUGAGGUGUACCAGGGACAACGACCAUUCCGAUCUUUUCUACGGGAUCCCCUGGUCUCAAGGAACUCUGGGUCUCAUGGUUUCUGCAGAGAUCAAACUCAUACAUGUUAGGGAAUACAUGAAGGUUACCUACACCCCGCACCGGGGAACCUUGAAGGAACUCGCGCAGGAUUAUGCAGACUCGUUUGCUCCCAGAGAUGGGGAUUCAUCAAGGGUUCCGGACUUCGUUGAGACGAUGAUCUAUAACCCCACCGAGGCUGUCUGCAUGACCGGGAAGUAUGCUUCCGAGGCAGAAGCCAAGAAGAAGGGCAAUGUCAUCAACAGCAUAGGGUGGUGGUUCAAGCCCUGGUUUUACCAGCAUGCACAGACAGCGCUGCAGAGGGGAGAGUUCGUGGAGUACAUACCCACCCGAGAGUAUUACCAUAGGCAUACCAGAUCUCUGUACUGGGAAGGGAAGCUGAUCCUGCCAUGCGCAGACCAGUGGUGGUUCAGAUGGUUCUUGGGCUGGUUGAUGCCGCCAAAGGUCUCCUUGCUCAAGGCCACCCAAGGUGAAGCUAUCAGGAACUAUUACCAUGACAUGCAUGUGAUCCAGGAUCUCCUGAUUCCACUGUACAAAGUUGCAGAUGCUCUCGAGUUUUGCCAUCGUGAAACGGAGCUAUAUCCAGUAUGGCUCUGCCCCCAUCGGCUGUUCAAGCUUCCUCUGAAGACGAUGGUGCAUCCCGAAACAGGCUUCGAGGACCAUCACCGGCAGGGAGACACGAGCUUCGCCCAAAUGUUCACCGACGUCGGUUUGUACUAUGCUCCAGGUCCCGUGUUCAGGGGGGAGGAGUUCGACGGCGCCGAAGUUGUCCGCGCGCUCGAGGAGUGGAUGAUUCAGAACCACGGUUUCCAGGCGCAGUACUCCGUCUCGGAGCUCACCGAGAAGAACUUCUGGAGGAUGUUCGACGCGUCCCACUACGAGCACUGCCGUCGCAAGUACGGCGCCAUUGGCACUUUCAUGAACGUGUACUACAAGUCCAAGAAAGGGAAGAAGACGGAGAAGGAGGUGCAGGAUGCCGAGGCUGAGGCCGCCAUCGUCGAAGCCGACCAUGCUGAAGAAGAGUAGUAGUGACUGGCUUUUAGGAGUUUGAGAUUUCGUUUCCGUUUUAAUC